AUGGUGAACAAACAGAAAAGCACGUGCCAAUUGCGUCUGGAAGCCCGUUCGCGCGCCUGCUGCGCGCCCCCAGGUGCAUCCUUCGACACACAGCAACGAGCAGACGAGUUGCAGUCGCGUAUCGCCCGCGCCAAUGAGAUUCGCGCCCUGCAUACGCGACAGCUGGCGGCGCGAGCGCGCGCGCAAGUGCAACACGCGCGAGAGGUCGCAAAGGAAAUGCGCGCUAAGCGACAUGAAGAGACACGACGGUUUCGUCAAUUGUCUGUGUUGAAGUUAGACGAGGCAGCGCGUCGACGUGACGACCAGCUACUGCAACUUCAACUUCAAUGCAAGCAGCGCGCUCAUUGGAUCACCGAGAAACUCGAACUCGUGCGUGCGGAUCAGAGCGACAGGGCGGACCGCGCACGCCGUACACUCGCAGCGCAGCUUAGCGAGGCCGCUCGGCGCCGCCACGAACAGACGCAACGACGGGUCGGGCGCCUGCACAAGCGCUGGCAGAGCGUAACGAGUGUGAAAGACCGCGUGGCCCGUGCAAAGUUUAUCCAGCGGUGGGUGCGUCGUCAUGUCGCGAACUGCGACACGGCAAUGGCGCUGCAAAACGUCCAGCCCGACGUGGAGACGGUCGUGGCGUGCUGGCGAUUUAUGGAACGUGCAACUUUUGACGCGUGCAUGCGCAGGUUGCAGCAACGAGGGGUAGGGCAAGCUGCGCAGCGGCUGUUGACUGUGUUGCUGGCUACUGUGCCCGACUGUCGAAAACGUGUUGCUGCGGUUCAAAAACCAGCCGCGAUCUGUGAUGGUGGCCCGUUUCUGGCCGUGCCGCCUAAAGGACACGUGACGUUUCGCGUCUUGCUUAUGGCCGGUCUCUUGGCUAGUCACUCGAGCGAGGUAAUGGACCGAACGCUGUCGCAGCGACUGUAUUAUGCCGCUCGAACCAUUGUCUUGAACAUGAAGCAACUGGCGCUGUGUCUUGCUGCCUCUGAAGGGCGUCAACAGACGCAAGCACUGACACGGAGUGUGUCGGCACUGACUGCGCGGUUUGCGUUCUACACGGAGGCAUUUGCGCGCUGGAAGGAACGCGAUGCCGAGUGUUUAGCUGCUGAGCUGUUGACGUCGAGUCGGGAGUUAAUGGCAGUGCACAGAAAGUACGAAUUGAAGCAGGCGCUGGAAGCACAAGGUGCAGGGGACGGCGUCCAUGAACUCGUGCGGCAGACACGGGGCCAGUUGCACCAGAUGCAAUCGGCCUUGGAAAAAGUGGUUGGAAGAACGGAAGCCAAGCGGAGACUGGACGAGCUAAAGCAGAGUUUGACACGUGAUAGUGGUGGAGAACGUGCCGAUCGUGACGGAGUUUUGGUGGAUGCAGAGGCUUGGGAGCGGAGCGCUGGAGGGGCUGGAGAUGCAGUGGUGGCUGCGAGUGGAGAUUCGAGUACAAAGGGUGAUGAGGAUGACGGUGGUGAUGACGGUGGUGCAGUGGGCGUUUGCUCGGCGCUUCUUGGUGAUCGAAGGCUUGUGCAUGAGUUGAUUUUGAACCCGCAGGUUCAGAUCCCACGAGACUGCGAGGUGGAGUUGGCUGCUGCUUUUCCGGUCUCGUCCGAGCACUCAGCAGCGACGGUGGCUGUGCGUGUGCGUGACGCAAUGACAAGAGCCUUUUGGGACCGCGUGGUCGCAGCUGAUGAUGUCGAGGUGCUACUGGCGCGAACGGAAGAGCUGCGCUCGGCUUUUAGAAGUGCGUUGGAGAGUAGGAGCAGGACCGAGUUGGAGGGAUUGCGGGCAGCGUUGGCGGGAGAGAUAGACAGCGCUCUUGACCCGGAGCACCUUCGAGUGCUGAUGCAGGACCCGAUGAGGAAUGUUAUCGCUAUUCAAGCGCGGUGUCAUGCUGUGCUUGAUGCUAUUGAAAGAGCCGAAGCACCGGCUCGAGCUGCGAGUACGCGUGAGUUUCGAGCUGACUGGGCUCAGCGUGUUGCAGCUGGUGCGAUGACUCCAAUCGCCUUGUUGGUCGCGUUUCUUACUUUUACUAUGGACAAGGUCGAGGAAUUGCGCAGCGAUAUGCUAAAUGCUCACCUUGGUCUACUGGGUGCAUUCUUACAGCGGCAUGGCGUGGAUUAUGAAAAGAAGGCGCUUGAAUCGCAGCUGUCGGAAGCGGGAAGUUUAGAUGCAAAGUUUUCAUCGACCAUCAAAUGGCUGGCUUUGGAGUUGGAGACGUACCUGGGACGAUCAGACGUUGAUGAAGCAGAGCGUGCCCGUCUAGUACGUCACAAUGGCGAAGCCUAUAAGCGGUUCCUGCGCGCAAGUAUCUGGGCGUUGGUGGAGAAGUAUAUCGAGGACACGUCUUCAAGUGCCUGGCCUGAAACGUUUGAACUGGACGUGGCGCGCAUUCGUGCUUGUCGUGAUGCACUUGACCGUAUCGCAGUCAUUUCGAGUUUUCUUACGAUAGUAAAAGAACACGUCGCCCGUCGCCACCUGUCUACACCUGUGGGAUUCCUCGAGCACGUAGGUCAACAACUCGGUACAUUGCUGUGUUCAAGUGGAGUGUCGGGCGCACAGCUUGCUGCUCAAGCGACUGAGAAUGUCCGUCAACUGGAGUCUCUAGGCAACGAAGAAACCAAGCGAGAGUUGCACGCACUGGAGAAGCGUCUGCUCGGUUGUUUUGCUGCCGAUAAUGCCGUGUUCCAGCUCUUUUUCUCGCGUGCAUCCCGCGCUUUCGAGUUGUCGCUGCAAAAGGAUCACGUAGCACACGCCGUGCACCCGUCACUAGCGCCUUUUGCCGCCGAUAUUAGCGAAGCCACGUCAGCGUUGCGCCGGCUGGUCGAGCACAAUGAAAAAGUGUACGCGUCGCUGUAUAACACCAUCAUCAAGCGUCUACUGUCUCCAUCAGUGCAGCCAAGGUCGGAAGCCGCUAAUUGA